AUGUGCGAUCAUGAUCGCUUAUGUGCGAGGAGAGAUGAUCAGCAGAAAUUUCUGCUGUCAGAGAGAUUAACACAAGAAGAUGACGAGGAUCAUGGCUACCACACACCCAAAAACAUUUUCAACGCCGAAAUGUCAAGGCUGUCACAACUGCAACUUUCGCAUGCCCAGCAAGCCGCUGCUACAGCCAGUCACACUCAUGAAUCUGAUGUCGAGGAAGAAGAGAAUCCUUAUUCCACUAUCAAGAAAUGUCCUAUGCGAUCGGCGAUGUUAAAAAACUUGGAGACGUUAAUCGAGAAGGAUGUAGCGGACAAAGCAGAAAUCCAGCAGAAGUCCAGGUCCAUCUUCUAUAACGAUGCCAGUAUGGACAACAUGUUACGUGAUUUGGAGCAAGCACCUACGUUGAAAAAGAAGCUACCCUUUAUCGAUCGCCUCAACGAAAUCGAUCGAGUUGAUAUUGCUUUAUUGAUUUCUUUCAUUUUAUUGGUGAUUUUCGGUUUUUCUGGCUUUUACAUACUAAUCAAUGAAUUUUAA